AUGGCAGCCGUUUUUCGUAAACUUUUUUGUUCGUCUGUAAAAUUAGGAGGAGAAUCACCGGAAAAAAAUGUCAAAGGAGGAGUAGGGGUAGGAGGAGGAGUAGGAGGUGGUGGAGAAGGAAGAAUAGGAGUUGUGGGAGUAAGUGGUAGUAGUUCGAGUGGUUCGAAAAAUGAAUCACCAGCCAGAAGACUCCUUCGUCACGGUCUUCAUAGAGAUCACGUACAGCCCGCUGAUGUGCCAACAAAUAGUCCAAUAAAUGCUAAAAAAUACGUGAGAUUUUUUAAAUUUAAAAAAAAUAAUACGAAUUCGAAUGUUAAGUCGGGACAAGAUAUGGGAGAAGGUAAACAAUCCGUUGGAAACAAUGGCGGCGGUCAUCAAUUAAAAGUCAGAGCUAAAAGAUUAAUGAAAGAAUUAAAAGACGUUCAAAAAUUACAACAGUUAAAUUCUUUUGAUCCCGUUUUCACUGUCGAAUUAGUUAACGAUAAUUUGUUCGAAUGGCAUGUUCAACUUUAUAAAUUAGACGUCGAAAGCGAAUUGGCUGCCGAUAUGAAAGAAUUAGGUAUCAAAUCCAUACUUUUCCACGUGAUUUUCCCAGAAAAUUUCCCAUUUGCUCCACCCUUCAUAAGAGUUAUAACACCUAAAAUAGACAAAGGAUUUGUAUAA